UGAAUCUAAUAUGCCCAUUGGUGUUCCAAAAGUACCUUACCGGAUUCCCGGAGAUGAAGAAGCGACUUGGGUUGACUUAUACAAUGUUAUGUAUCGAGAAAGGACACUUUUUUUUUAGUUCACUGCCCUAUACAUAGAAAGAAGUGCUUUUCCACCGGUAUCAACAUUCUAUCUGGAAUCAGUAGCGAUAAUUGUUGUAUUGUGAGCCAGCCCCGUAAGACACUACGCACCUCCAAAUUAAAUAUGAUUUUUCCAAUCAUUUCAUUUAUACGACCUGCAAAUAAGAUAAGAUCUUGGCUCGCCCUACAAAAAAACAACUAUAUGCCCUAUAAACUUGCUUGCUUCUUCGAAUCUCGAAAUAACAUAUAGAAAGUGUUGAUGUGAUGAGACCAUUCUCGAUCGAUAAAUGCGAUAGGAGCCUAUGUGUUUCACGGGCAGCCGGCCAAUAGGGGAAGGUUGUGAAUCCGGCGAACCGACCGCUUUAAGAACGUGAUUGUCUUCUCUCACUCAGUUAUCAAUUGACAAAGAUGACCCAUUCUUUUUCGCCCUAAAAACAACAAUGGUAUGGUACUUUUUCUUCAAAUCUCGAUUGUGUGGGUGUCCGCUCAUGUUCACGUUACAUGCUAAAUCAGGCUUUCCUUGGAAAAACCAAGGACAACCCCUAUCUCAGUCUCCUUUCUCUUUUCGGGAGCAGAGCUGAAAAAGAUGGAGUUACCUGGAGAUGAGAUUGAUUUCUACGGAUAUGAAGGAUAGAAAUAUGCUAUUUGCUGCUAUUCCAUCUAUUUGUGCAUCAAGUCCGAAGAAGAUCUCAAUCUAUAAUGAAGAAAUGAUAGUAGCUCGUUGUUUUAUAGGCUUUCUCAUAUUCAGUCGGAAGAGUUUAGGUAAGACUUUCAAAGAAACUCUCGACGGGAGAAUCGAGUCUAUUCAGGAAGAAUUGCAGCAAUUCUUCAAUCCUAACGAAGUAAUUCCGGAGGAAUCCAAUGAAGAACAACGAUUACUUAGGAUCAGCUUGCGAAUUUGCAGCACCGUAGUAGAAUCAUUACCAACGGCACGCUGUGCGCCUAAGUGCGAAAAGACAGUGCAAGCUUUGUUAUGCCGAAACCUAAAUGUAAAGUCAGCAACACUUCUAAAUGCCACUUCUUCCCGCCGCAUCCGUCUUCAGGACGAUAUAGUCACAGGUUUUCACUUUUCAGUGAGUGAAAGAUUUGUAUCCGGGUCUACGUUCAAAGCUUCUACCAUAGACCUAAUUCGAGAAGGCUUGAUAGUCCUAAGAAAGGUGAGGGUGGGGGGUUCUAUUUAGGAAGAAUAAGAAGAAUCUCAUUCAUGUGUUCAUGCUAACAGAAGAGCGGAUCCAAUACACAUAAGACUUUUUAUCAGGAAAUUCCUAAUGUAAAUGAUGAAUUUGGGAUGUCAUGCCCCACAAGUUA